AUGGAGGAGGGCAGACCCCGGAGCAGCCUCAGCUUGGCUAGCAGCGUCUCCACCAUCUCCUCACUCAGCAACUUGAGCGCUAAGAAGUCCACCAGGGCCGUAAGCAAGGUCCAUGCCUUCGGGAAGAGGGGUAAUGCUCUCCGAAGGGACCCCAACCUCACCGUGCACAUCCGAGGCUGGCUUCAUAAGCAGGACAGCGCUGGUCUCCGACUCUGGAAACGCCGCUGGUUCGUCCUCUCUGGCCAUUGCCUCUUCUAUUACAAGGACAGCCGUGAGGAGAGCGUCCUGGGGAGCGUCUUGCUCCCCAGCUACAGUAUCAGGCCAGAUGGGCCUGGAAUCCCCCGAGGGCGACGCUUCACCUUCACCGCAGAGCACCCGGGCAUGAGGACCUAUGUUCUGGCUGCUGACACCCUAGAGGAUUUGCGAGGUUGGCUCCGGGCGCUGGGCCGCGCCUCCCGCGCAGAGGGUGAUGAUUGUGGGCAGCCCAGGUCACCCGCACGUCCCCAGCCUGGUGGCCCCGGUGGUUCCCCGGAGGUGAGCAGAGGGGAAGAAGGGCGCAGUCCAGAAUCACUAGAGGUGGCUAGAGGACGUGGUGGACCCAGGCUGCUCACUCCCAGCCCCACAGCAGACCUCCAGUCUGGACCCCGGAUUAGGAGGGCAAGGAGCCCAGACCUGUUCACAUCCCUCUCACGGCCUCCUUCUCCUCUGAGCCUGCCUCGGCCCCGUUCUGCUCCUGCACGCCGACCCACUCCUUCCUCAGGAGACACAGCAUCCCCUGCUCGUCCCCACACCCCACUGAAUCGCAUUGAUGUCCGACCUUCCCUGGAAUGGGGCUCUCAGCGCCGGACUCUCUCCCGGCCUUCCACGCCUCACCGAGGGCCCUCUUUAGAGGCUGGGGCAGGAAAGCCCCCCAGAAGUCCCCAGCACUGGAAUCAGGAGCCCAGAACACAGGCCCCUUCUGGCUCUGCCACAUAUCUUCAACUCCCCCCAAGACCCCCAGGAACCCGAGCCUCCAUGGUUUUAUUGCCCGCCCCACCCCUGGACUCAACCUUCCACCAAAGCUUGGAGACAGACACUCUGCUGACCAAGUUAUGUGGGCAGGACCGACUCCUGAAGAGGUUGCAGGAGGAGAUAGACCAGAGGCAGGAAGAAAAGGAGCAGCUAGAAGCUGCUCUGGAGCUGACCCGGCAGCAGUUGAGCAAAACAACUCGGGAGACUGGAGCUCCCGGAAGGGCCUGGGGACGCCAGCGCCUCCUGCAGGACCGUCUGGUCAGCGUGAGGGCCACUCUUUGUCACCUGGCUCAGGAGCGGGAGCAAGUUUGGGACUCAUACAGUGGCCUGGAGCAAGAGCUGGGCACCUUGCGAGAGACCCUUGAGUACCUGCUGCACCUUGGCACCCCCCAGGACAGAGCAUCUGCUCAACAGCAGCUAUGGAUGGUAGAAGAUACACUGGCAGGUCUGGGGGGCACCCAGAAACCACCCCCCAAUACUGAAUCUGGCUCCCCAUCAUCUGUGCUGCAAGGUGAAGAGUGUUCCGAGAGAGAGAGUUUGUCAGAGUCCCUGGAGCUAAGCUCUUCCAGGUCCCCUGAGUGUGACUGGGGACGGCCACCUGGGGUUGACAGAGAACUCACCAGCCCCUCCUCAGGUCUCGGGUCCCCAAGAGUCUCCCGGGCUUCUAGCCCUGAAGGUCACAGCAUCUCUUCCCUGCAGCUGGGCACCAAGGCCCCCCUGCCCCGACCCCGGAUGAGUGCCCAGGAACAGUUGGAACGCAUGCGCAGACACCAGGAGGCUGGACGGUCCCUUCCUCACUCCACCUCCCCUAGGCUCCUCACUCUGGGGAGAACGCUGUCGCCGCCCAGACACCAGCCUGACCCAGAGCCAAGGCCUGCUGUAGAUGCCUUAGGACUCUCGGGAGCCCCAAAAUGCCUCCGAAGUUCAGGGACCUGGAGUAGUUCAAGGAACACCACUCCUUACUUGCCAAUGUCUGAAGGCCACCGGGAGCGGGUCCUCAGUCUUUCCCAAGCCCUGGCCACUGAGGCGUCACAGUGGCACAGAAUGAUGACAGGUGGAAAUUUGGAUGCCCGGGGAGACACGCUCCCUCCUGCACCUCCGCCUCCGUCGAACCCCACACCCCGGAUGACCUCGCCCCCAAGGUCUCCUCCAGUAGCUAACUCCCGCUCCGCUGCUUCCCCUAGCCUGGGCAGUGGGCGAGUUAGAGGCUCCGCCCCCUGGGAGUCCACGUGGGAAUCUGGUCCCAAUUCUCCCACCCUGACCCCUACAGAGGGGCAGUGGCCUUUGAGAGUCACCCUACUGCAGUCCAGUUUCUGA